GCUUGUGUGAUUGUAAUGUACCACUGUGCUUGUGAUUUUGCUAAAUCUGUUGUCCAGGCUGACGUUUGUCAUGCUUACCAAAUUUUGAAGAAAGGUGGUUUAAAAGAUGAAAAUAUUAUUGUUUUCAUGUAUGAUGACAUCGCUUAUCAUGAGGAGAAUCCGAGACCCGGGGUCAUCAUCAAUAAUCCCCAUGGAAGUGAUGUCUACGCUGGAGUCCCAAAGGAUUAUACUGGGGAACAUGUGACUGUCAACAAUUUUUUGGCAGCGUUACUUGGUAACAAAGAAGCUAUUACUGGUGGCAGUGGAAAGGUGGUGGAUAGUGGCCUUAAUGAUCAUAUUUUUAUCUAUUAUUCGGACCAUGGUGGUGCUGGUGUGCUCGGUAUGCCUACAACUCCAUUUCUCUAUGCUGAUGAGUUGAUAUAUACAUUGAAGAAAAAGCAUGCUUCUGGAACCUAUAAGAGCUUGGUGAGAAACCAAAAAGCAUGCAUGCAUCUUGUAUGGAAGGGAGUGUGUGUGUGUAGCAGCUUUGACAGGUAAAACAACAGCAAUAGCCAGCACCAGGCAGACACAGCACCACCAGACAACAGCUAACAGCCAGCACCAGGCAGACACAGCACCACCAGACAACAGCUAACAGCCAGCCAGAAACAGAAAGCAGUAGCCAGCAAUAGCUAAACACACCAUGCAAACAGAAACCAGCAACUAGACACAAAGCAAGCAACACAGCCAACAGAAAACAGCAGCUUACUAAAGGAAAGUUGACCUGGCUGUUAAAUCGAGGACUCUGCUUCUCCAGACCUUGAUUCUG